AUGGCCUCAUUGUUGCUUUCUCUGUUACUGUUACUCCCUAAUGAUAUCGCACAUGUCACUCAUAAGGUCGAGGAUCUGCAGGGUCUGCGGGCCAAAAAUAAAUGUGUGCUGGCUGUCCUUACGGCGUCAUACUAUCGUUAUGGAAGCGGAUCAAGUCAUGCCCAAGCAGAUCAGGCAGUCUUGAUCACGCAGGCGGCCUUCAAAUACAAGCUCUCUCUCGACUCGGGAGAGGUUGCGAGAGACUAUCUCAAUGUGAUGCCUCAGUGUAUCGGGCUUGGACAUUGGCUCUCCCAAGCGCAGCUCCAGGCAGUCUAUGGCGCCAUGCUAGAGCAGACACCCGAAGUCCUAGAUGUAGUGAACCAGCGACAGUUCCAGCGUGGCAGGACCGACUGCUUCAACGCGUUCAUGGCCGAGAUGGUAGCUUUCUGCGAUGCCGUUGACGGUGACUCAUUGACUCCAGGGGAGAAGAGAAAGCUACUUCUUGAGGCGGUCAAGUCCCACUCCAAGCUAGUUGCGGUCUCUGUCCGUGGGCGUGGUACUGGCCGGGCCAAGAUGUUUACGAGUUUUGACGAUUUAGGUGCUGUAGACCUACGGACUUGCUGGGGCGCCCGGGAGGCUACUUGGGUGGUUUAUAAGGUUGAUGAGGAGAGGAAGUCUGAGAUGGUCUAG